AUGUCAUUGGGUAUCAUGGUCGCCUGGCCAUCCUCCACUCUGAAGCUCUUCUCGUCUGCGAACACUACUCUCAACAGACUAAUGACGGAAAGCGAGGUUGCUCUUUUGGGCAGUUUGCCUUUAAUCGGCGCCUUCAUAAGCUUACCGUGCGUCAGCUGCAUUAUAGAAACUAUUGGAAAAAAAUAUUGUUGUAUGCUGAUUUCGGUGUUACAAGUAGUCACUUGGAUCGUUAAAACUGUGUGCUACAAGGUGGAAGCCAUCCUCGCGGCAAUGUUUCUGUCUGGACUCUGCAGCGGUGUAUUAAUGGUUGUACCAAUCUAUGUCAGCGAGAUCUGCCAAGACUCCAUACGAGGGAGAAUGACGGCAGGCACAAUGAUAUUCUACUAUAUUGGGAUGCUCGUUUCAUACCUCAUGGGAGGCUAUUUAAAAUACGACAUCAUGAACUACGUCUGUUUAUCCAUGACAGCGCUUGGAGUGGUUUUUGUAUCUUUUUUAAAGGAGUCACCGAUCCAUCUGAUCAGGAAAGGCCAUGAGGACGAGGCUGCACGAGUAAUUGCAUUCUACAGAGGCACGUCUAUUAAUUCUAAGCUGGUUAAAGAAGAAUUGCAAGUGCUUCGAAGGGCGCUUAAUCCGGAUUUGUGUGAUAUUACGCCUGAAGAAGAGAAACUAAAGCCUGAUUUGAAGGAAAACCCUAAAGUUUCCUGGUGGCAAUUUUUAAGUAAGUAA